AUGGCAGCGACAACGCGGCUGGGUCGCGUUCUCCAAAUACCGUCAGAGAUAACCGAACAGGCUCUUACACUUUGCCAUCCUUACGACGUUGAGUCGUUCUCUCAGACUUGCCGAAAAGCACGCCACCUAGUUUAUGGGAACCCAGAUCAAUAUCUUUGGCGCCAAUUAUUCCUUCUGUUCCCCUUCGAUGACCCUAGGCUGAUCUCAUCCCCAUUUCAGGAAGACGGUCAAUUCAACUGGAGGAAGCAACUACACCGGCGAUUGGCGGCGCAGUUAAUCGCCUGUCGCACAAAUCCAACCCUUGAAGACCUCUUGACGGCCAUCGAAACCUUUAUUUCUGUGGUGUGCACUGCAGCCCCCGUCACAUGGGGACAUGAACGCAUUUCAUCCCCCAAUUUAUUGUGGGUUGUUGAAGUGUUGCAAUCCACAAACAUGCUUCGCCGCUCUCCAUUACUCUUCCAAGAAGGGAGUAACCAAUCGUUGGCUCGUCUGCGAGCAUACCUUGCACUGACGUUGGACGAGUACGACGAUGACGAUGACGAGGGGAUGGAAAGAUUGAAAUUGAUAAGGACGAGGAGUCGCUGUCAGGUUUAUGAUCUACGGAAUUACCAUCAAGACAACGACUGGGGUCCAUUCAAUGUCAUAGCAGGAGAAGUGGAUUGGACUCACAUAGAGUCAAUUAUCAACGUUGUAUCUAUGAACCUUUCUGACCGUCCAUGUGAUUGGCCGGAUGCAAGGCCGCGUUAUGGGCUCGAAGCUACCCGAGCAUAUUCAGCUCCUGGCACUACAGGACUAGCAACAGGUGAUUGGGCUGGUGUUGAGGGUCACUGGAGGAGAUACGUCUGCUUCAUGGAUUAUCGAGACUUGUUUGCAUUCAAUUACGGCAACAGAGGACGCGGUCAACGAGAUAGCACCUAUUUUGACCCUCCAGAUUUUGAAGAGGCUGUGCGGCUUGUUGAGCUCAAGCUGACGCUCAUAGACGCUCAGGAAAUCCCAGAAGUCUACACACUCAACCGCUUCCCUGAUUCCCCAUGCAAGCACUACCCAACCUUGUAUUUCACUGGAACAUCUUGGGGCAUAAAUGGCAACGAGGCGACCAUCGUCGGCUCUGUAGCCAUGUCGGAAGGUGGCGUAGUACGAUGGCGAUUUGCGUCUAUUGCCAAUUCGCACAUUCAAUGGGGUUCCGAAGGGGUACAAAUCGGCGGCAUCGCCAGUGCAUUCGGAGUAAUAGGAACGUGGACAGGGACUCAUCAUGAUCAUGGCGAUCCUGUCGGUCCUUUUUGGCUUUACAAAGUAGAGGCUGAUGAUCCCGUUUACAUGCGAACCGUCGUAAACAACCAAGUCAAUGCUUGA